GAUGUUUGCGAUCACUCCGCCCACCGGGGGCGCAAAGUAGUCCCCUCCCCCACCCCCCUCAGUCACAACUCGCGCCAUUCACAUCGCGGGCGGCUACACCACAGAUCGUGGGCGGUGAGGCGAGGCGUGAAUUCGACUCCGAGUUCUCGUUGCAUCACGGACCGCGGGGGGUGGGGGUUAAUCAAAGAGAUCGGCACUACUUUUUGGGGCCAAUUUGGUCAAGAAUCGAAUAUUUAGACAGCGCUGUUUUCGAUUAAAUUCAUCGAUUCCUCAUAAGAAACGGUCAGGGUAUGGCUAUCGAUUCAGCCUUGGUGAAUCGCCCUUUGCAAUUGUAUUUACGCGAACGAGGAAAAAUCGAUUCCGAGACGAUCCGAUUUCAAAUACGUUCCAAUAAGGAUAUCGAUCCGCGUCCAUGCAAAGUAAUAGCGAAUUUGGGAAUCGACACAGUCCAGCCUGCAACACCGUAAUAUCGAUUCACCGCGCUCUGUUUGAAUUGGGAAUCGAUUGAUAAGUGUUGGGGGGUGGAAUCGAUUCCUCCACGUGUGGCUUGCUCCGCUCUCAACGCGGCAACAGCUGCUGGACCGGGAGCUGAGACAGCGGCACCCCGCAGGCCCCGAUGGCCCAGACGGCCCGGCUCUUCGUGGCCGAGGAGGCUGCCGAGCGAGCUCUGAGCUCGGCCGCCGCCACGGCCCCGGCCGAGGGCCGCACCGGCCUCCUGCUGGGCCUGACUGGCAACUCAUCCACCUCCUCCGCCUCAUCGCCGUCGAACCGCGACGUGGUGCUGCUGGCCGUGCCCACCCCGGCCCGCGAUGACGACGAAGAGGAGGAAGAGGACGGGGAGCGUGCGGGGGAGGCGUGGGCGGCGGAGCACGCCCGCCUCGUCCGCCGGAUGCUCCCGGGGGGCAUUGCCAUCCUCGGCGUUUUCCUCGCCUUCCCCGGCGGCGACGGCUACGGCGGCGACACCGAGAAGCGACAGGCCAAGCUGCGGCGGCUCCUGUUCGUGGUGGAGCGUGCCCUGGCCCGGGGGCGGCCUCCACAGGGAAGAGGAGGAGACGACGACGACGAUGACGACGAGGCGGACGGGAAGCACCGAGCCGCGCUGCUCGCCAUUGGCCCCGGCCGCUGGUGCAGCUCCUACGACGUCCGCGACGCCCAGGCGGCAGUGUCGCGCGCCGAGUGGAAGCUACGGCCGAAGCCGCCGCAGCACCAGCAGCAGCAGGGCGCGACGCCGCUCCUCAUCGAGCUGCGCUGCACCCUGCACCUCGAGCUGCGCGCGCCGCUCUCCCCGCCCGGCGGUCGCGGUGGCGGAGCGUCGGCCGCCGGGGCCCUGCGCGCCGCGACGCGCCAGCUGGCGGGGCAGCUGCGGCGCGCCGUGUGCCUCGUGGACGGGAGGUUCCUGCGCGACAAUGAGGCCAUCAGCCUUGCGGACGGCGGCGGCGGUGGCGGCGGCGGCGGCGGUGGCCGGCGGCGUCUAAAGCAACAGCAGCAGCAGCGCCCGUCCCCGCCCAUCGCCGUGCGGAUGCUGCUACCGCCCCCCCGGGACGCCACCGGGGCCGCCGCCCCCGGUGCCGGGGGACCGUGCCCCCACGGCCUGCUGCAGAUCGUUGGCUCGGCGAGCUGCCGGGCGCUCGUCAACCCCCAGCAGAGGCCGCUGCUGGCAGGGCCGGCGCUGAGGGCGCUCAAGGCGGACGCCGUGGCCUCGCUGUGGACGCGCUGCGAGCUGCUGUUGGAAGAGGAGGAGCUCGUGGGGGCGGGGCGCGAGGCCGCGGCCACGGCCAAGGUCCUGCCUCGCCGAGUCUUCGUCCCCGUGCCGGGCCUGUGGGGUGCCCGCCUCUGCCACUUUGCCUUCCCCGACGAGACGGCGGCCGACUGCGCCGCAAGGGUCGGCGAGGUCCUGGGCCUGGGACUCGCCGGGGCGGAGGAGGUGGAGGAGGCCGAGGAGGUGGUGGCCAUGGUGGUGGAGGAGGAGGAGACCACGGGACCCAUCGUCACCGCCGAUGGCGCUGAUGGUGAUGAUGGGAGUGGAGGAGCGUGUGGACCGGAGGCGAUGAGGAGGAGAAGGAGGAAGGAAGAGGAGGAGGAUGGGAGGGGUGGUGUGCGAGGUGAAGUCGGCACUGCCGGGAGGCUGUGCCGCUCGCCGGCCUGGCUGGUGGUGGGCGCCGGAGUGGCCGUGGUGGCUGUGGUGACCAUGGUGCUGCUGCUCUACUGCGACGGUGGCCGACUGAGUGACGAGGAGGAAGAAUGAAUACACGGCAGUGGCGGCGGUGGUGGCGGCGGUAAUUUGCGUGAAAUAAUGAAGGGGCCGAUGAUGAUGAAUAAAUAAUAAUGCUGAA